CGCCACAUGCCACUGGUCAACAUACGCAUAUACAUAUACACAUACUCAUAUACAAAAAUUAUUUGUUGGGUAUAAUAUAUGUAUGCACAUGUAUACACAUCAAUUGCUCUGAAUUUUUACUAGGCCAAUUCAUUUCAAGCCGAUCUUCCCAGAAUGAAGAAUAAGAAGAAGAAAGCACAUCUCAACAACACCACUGAAUACCUUGAACACAAGAGAAAGAAAAAAUGGAUUGGUGAGAAGUGUGGUUGUUCUUGCUUCAUGUUGUUCCCAAGAUCACUCUUUAUCACUUGGGGUACUCGUGUUGAAUACUGGGAUUGGAAAUGUUUCAAAGAAACAAGCGAUGAAAACAUUGAGGUAGUGAAACUAAAGAAAGUAUGCUGGCUAGAUGUGAGAGGAAAGUUUAAGAUAUCUGAUCUCUCACAAGGAAUUAUUUACGAAGUUGUUUAUGAAGUAAAGUUGACAAAUGGGGCAAGGGGUUGGGAGCUCCCCAUUAUGCUGAGGCUUUCUCUACCAGAUGGAAAAUUUCAAGAACGCCAAGUUAGCCUUUUGGAGAAGCCUAAAGGACAGUGGAUAGAGCUAAAUGUCGGCAAAUUUAAAGCACAUGAUACUGAAAAUGGAGAAGUUUGCUUUGAUCUUUAUGAACAUGGGGACCAUUGGAAAACAGGACUUGUUAUCAGAAGUGCAAUUAUUAGGCCAAUACCUUGAUCAAAUGUGUUGUGUUGUGUGUAUGUACUUUGAUUAUGAUGUUGUGUGUGUACGUACUGUAUCUGCAAGUGCAUUAGAUAGUAUGGAAUGUGUUGUAAUAGAUCAUAUAUGUGGCUUAUCAUUAGUUACAGUAGUUGUGGACUGAGCUGUGUAUAUAUACAAACUUAUAAAGUUUAUUCAUAAAUUACCCAGAAA